CUGGAGCCCCACGAGGAGCUGGCGAUAUGCAAAUACUACGAGAAGAGGUUGCUGGAUUUCUGCGCCGUGUUCAAGCCUGCCGUGCCCAAAUCCGUGGUGGGAACAGCUUGCAUGUAUUUCAAACGCUUUUACCUCAACAACUCAGUGAUGGAGUAUCAUCCUCGGAUAAUAAUGCUAACGUGUGCAUUUUUGGCUUGUAAAGUUGAUGAAUUUAAUGUGUCCAGUGCACAGUUUGUUGAUAACCUUCGAGAAGGCCCUGUUGGACAGGAAAAAGCUCUUGAACAAAUACUGGAAUAUGAACUGUUGCUUAUUCAACAGCUGAACUUUCAUCUUAUCGUCCACAAUCCAUACAGGCCAUUUGAGGGAUUUCUAAUCGAUUUGAAGACUCGCUAUCCAGUGCUGGAGAAUCCUGAAGUUUUGAGGAAAACAGCUGAUGACUUCCUCAAUCGAGUGGCUUUGACAGAUGCGUGUCUGCUCUUUACUCCCUCACAGAUAGCUCUCACCGCUAUAUUAACUAGUGGUUCAAGAGCAGGAAUUAAUAUGGAAAGUUAUUUAUCAGAAAGUCUUAUCCUGAAAGAUGACAGAACAUCCUUAGCCAAGCUACUAGAUGGAAUGAAAUGCAUGAAAAAUCUUAUAAAGAAAUAUGAACUGCCAAGGCCUGAAGAGGUUGCUGCUCUCAAACAGAAAUUAGAGAAGUGUCACAGCUCAGAGCUUUCACUUAAUACAAACCCGAAGAAGAGGAAGGGUUAUGAAGAUUAUGAAUGUGUUACAAAGAAAUCUAAAAUGGAUGAGGAAGAGUGGACCGAUGAUGAUCUUGUGGACUCAGUGUAA